AAUUUAGCAGCUCUAGUUGGUUUGCGUCAGGUGAAAGUCGUACGGUACUCAGCUGAGAAAAAGUUGUUUCGUUUAGAAAUGAAACGUUUGUCAACAUCUUAAAUUAUACAUGUUGACUAAUAAGAUUUACAACUUCAACAUCACCAGGUAAACAGCAGAAAUGAAGAGUCUCAAGUACCGACUGAAAAAGCAUGAAAUUACGCUCACAAACACAGACUGGAACAAGUAUGACGACCGGCUGAUGAAGGCGGUGGAACGGGGCGAGGUGGACAAGGUGGCGGCCGUGCUCAGCAAGAAGGGCAUCAUCCCCACUAAGCUGGACAUGGAGGGACGAUCCGCGUUCCACCUCUCUGCAACCAGGGGCCACCUGGACUGUCUCAAUCUCAUCCUGGGCCACAGCGUUGACCUCACGGCCACCGAUGCCACCGGUAAAAACGCCCUUCAUCUAGCUUCCAGAAAUGGCCAGUCGCUUUGUGUGCAGAAGCUAUUGCAGCACAACUGUCCUGUGGGGAAUGUGGACUUGCAGGGGAGGACCGCUCUACACGACGCUGUGAUGGCAGGCUGCUCCUCUAGCGUCAAACUACUGUGUGACAGCGGGGCCUCUGUAAACGCAAGUGAUUUUGACGGGCGGACUCCUCUGGUGCUGGCUACCCAGAUGUGCCAUCCACACAUCUGCCGGCUGCUGUUGGAGCGAGGGGCCGACAUCGCCAUCCGUGACAAACAGAACAAGACCGCUCUUACCCUGGGCUGUGAGUAUGGCUGUAAGGACGCGGUGGAGGUCCUUCUGAAGAGCGGCGCCGACGUGACGGCCGUGGACAGCUUUGGCCACGACUGUUUCCACUACGCCCGCCUCAGCAAGAACCAGGAGCUGGUCAGCCUUUUCAAGACCUACCUCGACAACGUCACCAAAGCAAAAGAAGCUGCCAAGAUGGAGCAGAAAAAGCGACAGCACUCAGUGGAGAUGACUGAACAGGCCGAAGCCAACGUGAGGGACCUGGAGAGACAGAACGAGAGCCAGCAGGAGACUCUGAGGAAGUUUCACCUGGAGCAGAGGACUCUGAUGGAUAAGGUCAAACUACUGCAGCAGCAGCUCAGCCAGGAAAAACAUACAGUGGAAUGCAUCCAUAAAGAGAGGGAACAGCUGAAGCUCUUACUGAGUGCCAAAGACAGGGAGGAGGGGGCUCGGGCCCCAGAGACUGUCAAGGUUCAGCUCAGGAGCCACAUGGGGGACUACUCUGGCCAGUCUGUUAUCAAAGGAAAAGACAAUGUCCUCGUCAAACAAUCUCACAGCCUGGAUUCAGCGCAGAUGCUGCAGUCGUCCGGUCUUUCACACUCACUGUCCCGUCCCCUGGAGCUUGCGGGACGUCCUGGCGUGGGCUGGGACCCAGUCGAGGAGGUGGAGGCCCUGCGGCGCGAGCUGGAGACGGUGAGGAGGCGGCAGCAGACUGCCGAGGAAGAGGCUCUUCGCCUGCAGGCGGCACUGGCCCGCAAAAGCCAGGAGUGCCAAGAGCUGGUCCAGAGCCGGGAGACCAUCCAACGGCAGGCAGACCGGCAGGUCCAGGAGCUGGAGGAGGCACUGGGGGACGUCCAGAAGAGGAUGCUGGACUCUGAAGCCAAGGUCAAGCAGCUCCAGGCCCACGUGGUGGCGGUCAAGGAGCACCUAGGAGGCCAGGCGGCCGACGAGCUCCGUGCCCAGCUCCACGAUGUCAAGGCCAAGUACGAGGGCGCCUCGGCCGAGGUGGGGCGCGUGCGUAACCACCUGAAGCAGAGCGAGAAGGCCCUGGAGGAGUACAAGAGCAGCGAGGGCCAGCUGGCGGUGGAAGCAGAGCGGCUGGGCCUGGAGCUGACCGCCUUGCGGGAGGAGCGGGAUGAGCUGGCAGAGGCUGUGCUGGACAUGGAGGCCCUCAUUAAGGAGACCCGGGCACGGCAGGGAGAGAAGGUUGUGCCGGCAGAGAAGUUUGACAACAUGAAGAACCUGCUGAGCAAUGCGGUGGAUGAGAAGGAGCGUCAGCUGGCAGAGCUGCGGGAGGACUAUGACCGUGUGCUGGAGGAGGUGGCUGAGCUACACAGGGAAAUGGACAGCCAGCAAACCCAGGCCGGGACUGCGGUCCCCCUGCAGGAGCAUGAGAGGAUGAGGACGACCCUGGAGGAACAGAGUUCCUCCAUGAAGAGGAGGCUGGCGGACAUAACUGCCAAGAGCCAGGCACUGAUCCGCCAGGUAGAGGAGAGCGAGGAGGAGCGGGAGAUGCUCCAGGAGCAGCUGGAGGAGCUCAACAGCAGGGUGGAGGCCAACUUCAUCCCCCUCAAGGCCCAUGAAGAGGCCAAGAGCGCCCUGGAGAGAGCUGUGGAGGAGCUGGAAGAGAGGCUGGUGGAGGCCGCAGAAAGGAACGGCCAGGCCGAGGUGCAGAUCCGGAGGCUACAAACGGAGAGGGUCACCCUGUGUGAGAGCGUCACCAGCCUACAGAGCGCUACCGUGCCCUCUGAGAAGUUCCGGAGCGAAGUGGGUGCCCUGAAUGCUCGCAACGCUGAACUGGUGAAGGAACUGGAAGUGCUCCAGAAGAGGUUUGAAGAGAGAGAGAAGGAGCUGGCCCAGGUCACUGCCAAGAACCAGUCUCUGAAACAGAGCCUAAAUGGAGAGUACGUGUUCAGAGAGAAACAUGAGCAAGUGAAUUCGGAGCUGAGUGCUGCUUUGGAGAAGGCCAAGGCUGAGCUCUCCAAAGUGGAGAAGGAGAGCAAAGAAAGUGAGGAAGAGUUGCAGAAGGUGAAAGAGGGUAGUGCAGAGUUGAAAGAGAAGCUAGAGAAUGUUCAGGUGAUGAUAGAAAAUGACUAUGUGUGCCUUAUAGACCAUGAAGCUGUAAGGGUUAAGUUGAGCAAUGCUGUUGUUGAGGCGGAGCAUUGUGCCAAAGAGGCGUUGGCAAGCUACCAGUCUGCCCAAGAUGGGACAGUAAAGCUUCACCAAGAAAUGGAGGCGCAGAAGAAAGAACUAGACACCAUCCAGGAAGCUAUCCAGGCCAAGUUUGUUCCGUUGACUGCCGUAGAGGAGAGGGAGAACUCCUACAACACCAAGCUGAAAGACUUGACAGGAAAGCUCUCGGAGAUGCAAGAGAAGUACAACCAGGAGAAGUUGGAGGGGGAACGUCACAAGCAGGAGAAAGAGAAACUGAAAGUGCAGAUGGAGUCUGUGCAGCAGAGAAUGGAGACAGGCUUUGUCGCCAGUGAAAAGCACAAGGAGGUGGAGGAUGAGUACAGGGGUAAAAUGGAGGAGCUGACGCUGAGGUUGGUGGACCUGGAACAGCAGUACAAAGACGUGACAGUGCAGAGGGCUGAGCUGGAGGAGCAGAACGCCCUGUGUAACACUGACAUCCAGAGCCUGCAGCAGCGCCUGGAAUCCGAGUCGGCCCGGCUGGAACACUAUGAGGCCGAGCACCGAGCCCUGAGGAGCACCAUCCACCAAGCCCAGGACGAGUGCCAGAAAGCCAGGGAGGCCCAGCGUAUGGAGGCCCAGAGAGCCUGUGCCUUGGAGAAGGAGCUCCAGGGAUGCUCCGGGGACCAGGCCGUCCUCCUGCAGCAGCAUGCUCAGGCCAAGGAGGCCCUGGAGGGGCAGGUGGCCCAGCUACUCGCUUCCCUUCGCCAGGAGCAGGAGACCAGCGCCCAGAGGGCCCAGAACGUGGCAGCCCUGCAGUCAGAGCUGCUCCGGGCCACCCAGUCCCUGGACGAACUCGGAGGAAGAGAGGACCAGUUGAGCCAGCUGAAGGCUGAGAAGCAGCGUCUGCAGGAAGAGACAGCGGCGUUGGGGGAGAGGCUAUCUGGGCUGGCGGAGCAGUGCGAGGUGCUCCACCAUGAGGUGGCCCAGGCCAGGGAGGACGAGGGCAGGGCCAGAGAGGGCCAGUCCAGGGCCAGGGUGGAAACUGAGGCCCUGCAGGAGAAGAGCAACACCAUGGAUAAGGAGAUCCGGGAGCUGAAGGAGAGGUACGAGGAGUCGCUCAGCACCAUCGGGGAGUUUCAGAGGAGGAUCCAGAUGUCGGCGGAGCAGACUGAGGUCAAAGACAAAAAGAUCAGCGAGCUGCUGACGGACGUGGAGAGACUGAAACAGGCCCUCAAUGGUCUGUCCCAGCUGGCGUACGCUGGCAACGCUGCACCCAAUAAGAGACAGACGCAGCACAUAGACACACUCCAGGCCCAGAUCAAGAGCCUGCAGCAGCAGCUGGCUGAUGCUGAGAGUCAACACAGAGAGGUGGUUUCAAUAUAUAGAACUCAUCUCCUCAGUGCAGCACAGGGCCACAUGGAUGAGGACGUCCAAGCCGCCCCUGCAGAUCAUCCGCAUGAGACAGGAGUUUGUCUGCUAAAAGUCCAUUCAGCAACAACAGAACACAACCCGUUGACUCAAAUCCACCGUUCACACAGCCCCAGCUACAGAGCAUCCCCCCCCCCGCUGUGGCCCCUGUGGGCGCCUGGCGUGUGAGAGUGUGUGUGUCUGUGUGGGAAGAGAUCCAUGUUACUAGUCAAACAUAAUCCUCCCUGUAUGUCUAGAUUGGUUUGUGUGUUUCAACAGAACUAAGACCAAGUGUUGUGGAUGGACAUAGAUAUACAGUAGAUAUACGUUAGAUAGAGAGGGUAAGGGUAGACCAUGGGUUGUACCUUAGCUAGGUGGAUAAACCUCAGCAUAGGAGAUGACUCAAUGGGAUACUGUAGCUGCUGACCAAUAGAAUGUACUAAUGUCCUUUGAAAACAUGAGCAUGAUGAACUGCCUAUGCAGGCCUUUCUCUUCCUGGCUACUCUGUUAAGGCUCCAUGAAACAGGAUAUUCAAUGCCUAGCUGGCAAGUCUCUGAAAGGAAGCUCUUCUUAGAUGGAAUGUAUGUACAUCUCCUCUAGGACUGUAUGGGUUUAGCAUGAUGUUGGGUCUUGUGGAGGUGUGGUGGGGUGAUUGGCCUCUGCUUAGAUGGAAUGUAUGUACAUCUCCUCUAGGACUGUAUGGGUUUAGCAUGAUGUUGGGUCUUGUGGAGGUGUGGUGGGGUGAUUGGCCUCUGCUUAGAUUAUCCUCCUGACGUCGCAGCAGUGAAACGGAUCUGAAAACACAAGCAGCAAAGUCCGCUGUUAACUCACAUUCCCCCGUGGCGAUCGACUCCCUCCCGUCUUUCGUCUUCAUCUUUUGAGGUUCUACGGUGAAUUCUAGAACCGUGCCCUGGUCAUUUCAAACAGGAACCCCCUGAAGUUAACUACUCAUUCAGUUUGGGAGCAGGACUCCUCCAUUUUGGGGCAUUGGCCACAGCGACUGUUUCCCUAAAGGUCCAAACUUUAUCUUGAUUCUUUUCACUGAAUCGUAAACUCCUCAAGCAGUCUCUUUAAGCCAUUGACCCCACACAAACAACGUGAAUGUGGGGCUCUGCACAUUCUGGAUUUGACUCGAGGAGUGUUUGCAAACAACACUGUAGCCCAAUCUUAAGACGAACCCCUACCAUUAUGGUGGUCACAGAUCUGAAGGAACAGGAUAGGUUUAAGACAGUGACUCUAUCAGGGCAGCCUACAUGUUGAUGACUUGGAGCAAUCUGCAUAUUGCUUACACCUAUCCAGUCCCCCUUCAGAUCGGCAAAAACACACCAGAGAGUUAGAGGCUGGGAGUUUUGGACAGGGGUUCUGGAAAAGGGCCUUGGCUGUGUCCUAGUGUUUGCGGUGCAGCGUCUCCUGUUGCUGGAGCGAGAGUGCCCUCUAGUGGGGAGACUUGGCAGGCCAAGUUGACUGAUGUAUUCAUUUGACUAGUGUUUUUUUGUUGUUGUCUUGUCGUGGUUCAUUUUAGUGGUCUCUGAGAGUGGAGCAAGUCUCUUGUGCCUUUAAACUGAUAUCUUUUUCAUGGCUUUGUACUACUUUGAUUAAUAAACAACGUUGGUGUAACAAUGAAAUUCAGCAGGUCUGGAGUAGAAAGACAGGACACCCUUUAGGGGAACAGUUAGGAUGUCAUUCUGUAGGGAUACUACGAAUCCCUCUAUUUAUAUGGAUUGAGAAGUGUAAGGUUGCGUCUGAAAUGGCACGUUAUUCACUAUAUAGUGCACUGCUUUCGACCAGGAGGUCUAAAGUAGUCCACUGUGUAGUAGGGAAUAGGGUUCCGUUUGGAACACACGUGUUGCUAAGCGUAACAAUAUGAAGAAGCUCAGUGAUGCUUUUGUCUUUUGUCUAACAAACUUUGCAAAGCAUAUAGAAAUGUAUAUUAAUCCAUUUCAUACUAAAUCCUCUAUAUACUACUGCUGUAACACACUGAUCUGAAAUGUGAUUUUGAAAUGAACAUAAAACAGAUUAAUUUAAAAUUGUUCUUUUUUUAAAAUUUUAAUUCGAGGAUCAUGAAAUACAUCUGUCUCCAAUAACAGCAUUUACAAGUUGAAUACAGUUAUUUUAAAUCUAGACCAAUAUGUUGAAAUUGGUUGUUUUUCUUUUUUCUUCUUGCAAGUAUUUAUUUUUGUUUGUGAAUUAGUGUUAAAAACAUAAAUAAAAGUCCCUAACUUAGA